CUUGUUAAAAAAAUCAGCGAGAACGAAAAAACGCGCUCUCGGAGCCACCUCGGUCGGCGAGAAGAGCAGUCUCUGGCGAGAGACCCCCGAGGGAAGGCGAGAAGCCUCUCGCCGUCACACACACACACACACACACACACACACACACACACUUUGCACAAGAGAGUCAAACACCUCCCAUCGACCAUCCCAAGAGGGAUGGCAACCCCGAAGUGGACUGCCCAGAAUAUGGGCGACCCAGCAUCCACUGUCGAAAUGCACAACAGUGCGAGAUACUUACAGUCUAUCCAGAAAUAAACGGGACAGUCACUUUCUGGCUUCUGAAGCCCGCUGACUGACUUGUAGGCCCAGCGGGCAGGCCAUGGCAUUGCACUCCUGUCUUCGUUGGCAAUCUCCUUGAUUUCGUUGGUUGGGAAGCAUGGUCUUGAAUACACCCGGUCGAUCUCCAUGGACGAUGAUCGACUGGCAUACCGUGAUCAUGUUCCUGGCUGCAUUGAUGUCUCGAUCCCACAGCGUAUGGCAGCUUGCACAGCUCCGGACAAAGUGUGGUUUCUCGAUAUCAAGAUGCUCGACCUUCUCGAGUCGCUUGGCUUCCCGACAAUGUGAGCACACCUGGGAUGUGUUGAACUCGUUCACCGAGCACACAUGGAUCUUGGAGACGGAUCGGUCUGGUGGGUGGCUCUGGUGGUGGUGGAACUGCUCAAAGUACUUGGCAAACCUGAGUCUCCUGGGACUGGAGGCAUAUCCCUUCCCCUGUUUCCAGGAUGCAUUCCCAAAGGCAAUCACCACCUCGGUCUCCCUUGGUGCCUGGUCGAUGACUUGCUUGCACAUCUCGUGGACAGUGCGCUGUCGCUUGCUGUGGAGAUCGAGUCGCUUGAAUCGCCGUCGCCGGGUCAGGCUGAAGCACAGCUGUUUGUCCAGCAUGUCUCCAUCGAACACAUGGCGAAUGUAUUGCAGGAAGGGAUCCAACCCAGGGAUCUUGGGACUUGGUGUGGUGCUCAUCCAUUCCUGCAGACCAAGGAUCUUGUGGGUGCUCUGGAUCCACUUGGUCGCCUGGGUGGUGUCUUUCUCUUGCGGGGAGCCAUCUGGCGAGAAAAUAGCGACCAUGGCUGGUUCUGCCCUUGGGGAAGAAAGAAUCUCCUCAAAACCAGCGCAUUUUGGGCUGGCCGAGAUACUGUGCAGUGGCGUCCUUGAUUCGGAUCCAGAAACGCAUCGCUCGCUCAAUCAGUCGUGGGAAGACAUCUUGUCAAGGUGAUUCUUGCCUGAUAGCCAAACGAUCAUGUCAUCUCGCUGACACACAGCCACGCUUUCCAACCAGAGAGAUUCAGAUGGUGGUGGUUCUUGUCCGCAAUCGGAGUGGAGCUUCCAACAAUGAUACAAUUGGUCAUUCCUCCACACCAAUCGCCCACCACCACCGUCAAUCGGCUCAAGGUGAUACAAAAUGCCGUCAACCGA